UUAGGGUGGGUCUUGCUGUGCUGCACAGGCUGGCCUCAAACUCAAGGGCAGCAGAGUUGAUCCUCUUGCAUCGGCCUCUGGCCCAGCUGGGACAAGAGCAGCACACUGCACCAAGCACCAAGGAUGACAUGACAGACAAAACACAGCAAAAAGAAAAGGACUCGUUAGGGAGGUGACAGGCAUGCAAACCCUAUGAACUGAUGUCCUCAGGACAUGAAAAUCCACUUUGUGUGUCCAAUCUCACAGACUCCAGUAGAAGCUGCACGCAGGCUGCUCACAGGGUCCUCACUUCCCGGCCUGCUGGGGAAACGGCUCCAGGAGAGGGACGCGAUGGUGCCCAGAGGACCACUGCAGGGGACAGAGAGAACCCUGCAGUGGCAUCAGCUGAAGGUCUGGUUUCCUGCUGUGAUGUCCAUCUCCUUGCUCUGCAUCUGUUUCAUCCUGAGCACAUUGGUGAAUAAGAAUAAUUCUGUAUACAGCAACAUUGGCAAGAGGCUCUCCAAGUUACAGAGCCAUCAGAGAUUCCUAAGUGUGGCCUGCAGGAGGGAGGCAGAAGGUCAGUUUGCAGAGACUUGGAGCUGCUGCCCCACGCCCUGGAAGCUGUUUGAGUCCAGCUGUUACUUUAUUGCCUCAACAUCGCAAUCUUGGGAGAAGAGCCGGGAAUCCUGCAUCGCACUACAGGCUGACCUGGCUGUGAUCCGCACCCAGGAGGAGCAGGAUUUCAUCAUCCAGAAUCUGAAUAAUAGCUCUGCAUAUUACCUGGGGCUGUCGGAUCCAGAGGGCCACAGGCAUUGGCAGUGGGUCGAUCAGACACCAUACACAAACGUCACGUUCUGGCAUGAGGGUGAGCCCAACCAGCCCACUGAGCGCUGCGUGGUGGUUGCCUUCCGGCCCACCACGGGCAGAUGGGGCUGGAAUGAUAUUUUCUGCGACGUGCCCCAGAAGUCACUGUGCAGGAUGCCUGUGAUCCACCUGUGAGGAGCAGCUUACAGCACAGGGUUUUCCACCUGGCAUCCACAGGACAGAUGUCUUGCUUGCUUGUUUAGGUCAUGUGAGUUGGUAACAUUCCCCAGGGGCUGUCACCUAUCCCUCUGAUGUCAAACUCAGGUCCUGCAUUCAUUCAUUUAUAGGUGAGGCUGGGGGUGGGGCUGGGGCUGAGUUCAAGGGUACAGCACCUGAUAUGCAGGAAGACCUGGCUUCAAAUCCCCAGCACAGCAAAAUAAAACUUAGAAAGUAAUAAAAUAAAAUGAGCACUUUUGCAGCAUUUCACAAAUGCUGGAGCCUUCCGAGGGCCCUUCUGCCCAAGAACAGAAGGAGCCUGAGCCUCCUUUCCUAAUUUCUCACCUCAAAGCCAUGAAGUAUUCAUCAUGUACCAAGUCCCCACAGAGUCAUGUGUGGAAGCCCUGAUCUUCAGUACCUCAGAAGGCAGUAUUUGGAAAGACUUUCAGAGUGGGUUAAAUUGAAAUGAAGUCGUUAGAGGGAGCCCAAACCCAGUCACGCUAGUGUCCUUACAGGAGAAGAAUUCGAAUCAAGUGCGGUGGUGUGAGCCUGUAAUCCCAGCACUCAAGGUUGCUGUGGGAGGAUCACCAGGAGUUUGAGUUUGAGAGCAGCCUGGGCAACAUAGUGAGUUCAAGCCCACCCUGAACUACAGAGCACAGAAUCCUAUCCCCCAAAAAAUAAUUUUGUAAAAAUGUGGGGGAUGAGCAUGCAUGCUUAUAAUCCUAGCAUGCAGGAGGCUGAGACGGGAGGACUGAAAGUUCAAAUCCAGGUUGGGCAAUUUAGCUCCUAAUGAGACCCCACUUCAAAAUAAAAAUGAAAAGAACUUCAAUGCAGCUCAGUGCCAAGACCCUGAGUUCGAUCUCAAGUACCAAGAAGGAAAAAAAAUAUCUGUAUCUUCUCAUCUCUAUGUCCGUCUCAGUCCACGGCUGGGGAUGUAGUUCAGUGAUAGAGCACUUGCCUAGCAUGCAUGAGGUCUUCAAAAAUAAGAAAAUAAAAUUUAGAAAUACAAUGUUUGCUGGGGAUUUAGCUCAGUGGCAUAAGCGUCUGCCUGGAAAGUACUAAAAAAAAAAAAAAAAAAAAAAAACGAAAAAAAAUAAAUACAAUGUUCACUGGGCUUGGUGGCACACACCUGUAAUCCCAGUACUGGGGAGACAGAGGCAAGAGGAUUAUUUUGAGUCUGAGACCAGCUACAAAGUAAACUCAAGACCAGCCUGAACUGUAUAGUGAGAUGUGUCUUAAAUAGAAAAAAAUACUCUUUAACUGGAUAUAACAGCUCAUGCCUAAAAUCCCAGCACUUGGGAGACAGAGGCAGGAGGAUCUCAUAAAUUCAAGGCUGGCCUGGGGUACAUAAGUGAAUUCAAGGCCACCCUGAACUCCACAGUGAGACCUUGCCCCCCGCAAAUGCAGUGCUCUAUAACCAAACAGAAGUAAUUGUAGCAUCAUUGAUAAGUCUGUUGUUCACCCUUCCCCAGCCCCUGAGCUCUUGAGCUCCAACAACAGUCACAGCCAGUCUUCCAUCCUGCAGCUGCCACCUGAGCCCAGGGAACUAAGCCUACUCUGCUAGGACAAGGUGCUGUGUUCCACCCUCAGUCAUAGGGUCUGUCCCCGGUAGCCCUCAGCUCUGCUCGCUCCCGCAGUCUCUCGCCCCCCUGCAUCACCUAUAUGCGUCCCACUACCCCCCAGUCUUACCCAUAAAUGACUCCACUCAAUACUCAACUCCAUUCUCCUUUGGAGUCACUCCAGGAGGUCGCCCAGAACCCUCAAACUCAGGCUGGCUGUGUUCUUUACUGGGUCAUCACCAUUUACCUAAUAAGAAUCUAACCUCGACAGUAAAUACUGGCGCUAAACUUCUCAGUCAGGUCUUUGGAUUCUUCCCACUGAUUGCCUAGCAUGGCUCUGGGCCCUCACAGCGGCUCAGUUUCCCUUAUUCAUCCCUGAAAUCCCUUGCUUAGGGUAACUCCCAGCCUUCAUUUGUUCCUGGGGCGUCAUGGAGUGCGUUGCACAGGCCAGAGGCUUUGGGUGCUAGCUGGGCCCUUAACUGCACCGAGCACAGUGGAACACAAACCGUCUCCACCAUUCCCGAGAGUGGGCUUUUCCUUUCCUUCUCUUUUUGCAGUCACUGCUGGGGAUUGGACCCAGGGUGUUUAUGCUGAACUACAUCACCUGCCCUUUUUUAUUCUUUAUUCUGAGAAGGUUCUUGUUAAGUAGAUUCAGGCUGGCACUGAACUCACUAUGUAGCCCAGGCUGGCCUCAAACUUGUGAGGUUCCUCCUACUUACAUGCUAGGAGUGCAUGUGUGUGGCACCAUGCCCGGCUAAAUAUGAACUUCUUGAUGGGUGUGGUGCUCGCUUGUAAUCUCAGCACUUGGGAGGCUAAAGUAGCAGGACUACUGGGAAUUUGAGGCCAGCCUGGACUACAUGGUGAGACCUUGUGUCCACCACCAUCCCCACCACAUAGAAAACAAGUUCUAAAAGGCACCAGGCAUGGUGGUAUAAGCCUGCAACCCCAGCACUUUGGAUCCCUAAAAAAACUGGAAAAUAGGAAAACUGAUUUUGAGACAGAAUUACAUAGGUGUUGGGAAACACUAAUUCAUAAUGGCUAAUUUUGCAUAUUUCCCUAUGGGGUAACAGGAAGGAUUGGGGUUACUGGUACCACACAUCUGAGACUUCCCAUCCACUCUUCUAAGCAUAAGAUCAUCUAUGCCUUCUUGAGUCAUCUCAGGAUUAUACUCCAGGUCAGGAUACUUCUAAGCAUAAGAUUAUUUUCGCCCUCUUGAGUCUGAGUCUUCUGAUGAAUUGUAAUCCUUUACAAGCCCCACCUAUCCCUGUAGACACCUAAUAAACUGUAACUGCUUGGGGAGUGGAGGGUCCAAUCCAGGGACACUGACUUCCCAGCCGUUGCUGGAAUGCUAGAUUUGUCUCUCCUUAUUUUUCUCGAGGUAUUCUUAAAACAGACAAUGGGGACUCUGUCAGGCUUCUGAUACGCAGGGAGACUGUUACCAAAACAGCAAAACAGAUAAAAACCAGAAUCUUAAAAUCUGCUCAAAGUACUAAGUUUACAGCUGACUUUCAUCUCAGAUCAGUCACUUACGUAACCAGGAGCAGGUUAAUUAUCUCUGUGCUUUAUUUUCUAUAAAAUGAAGAUACCAAAAGUGAUCUACCUUUAGUGUUUUGAGAAUCACAUUAAUUCCUGAGCAAAACUUAGACCGAUACCCAAGGAAAACUAUUACCAUGCAAGGAGAAAAGUCUCUCUAGGACGCUAAGGGAUACAUAGAAGGCAUUCUGUUCAUUCAUCCAUGUUCUUGGGUUUUAACUCUUACUGACUUAGUAAAUUUAGUAACAUUGUAAUAAAAAUAAACUGGCUGCUUUUUCACUAGUCAGUGAUGUGCAGAUUCAUGAAGGGAAAUUAAUAAAGAUGGCUUUGU